AUGCAGUCCACCCUAAUCAACAGCUCAAGCUUCCACCCUACCCUCUCCCUCACCCUGCCACCCACCCUGCUCACCUCACCUUCCACCUCCGGCUGCACCCCUCACAUUCUAGUCCACCUCCCACCAGGAAUCUUCUACGACCCUUUCACCGCUUCCAACCCUAUCAUUACCCAGGGCAGAUCGCGAAGAGGGUACAACGUUUCCCACCUUGCUAAUGAAGCUGAGCUUGAGGAUGCGGUUGGAUAUUCUAUCCGCAAGGGAAAGGGGAAAGAGGAUCAGCAAUGGUGGGAAAAGAAAGACACAGGGUUUGUAGAGGAGAGGGAAACGGAGGAGGAGUCGAGAGUGCAAGGGUUGAUACAAGAGGCCGCUUUAGAGAAGGUAAGCGAGGUUACAGGCGGAAAUGUGGGAGAGCAGCAUCUGGGCAAGAGGCGCAAGGUUGUCAAGAAGGGCCAAAGGGGUAGUGAGGAGGAGAUGGGAGGGAAGAAGGAAGUUUCGACGUUGGUUAUUGAGGUCGUUGAUGUUGAUGAGCUUUUACGAGCGGACGGGAAGGUGAAAGUUGAGGUUGCGCUACAUUUACGUUAUCAGUCGCCCACGAAACAAAGUGCAGCCAAGAGGAUGCAAGGUGGAGCACUUGCUGCUAUCCACUCGCCAUACACGACGCUACUAAAGGACAUCCUUCCCAUUGCCUCGAUCAAACGCGCCAAACAGACCGUAAUCGGGCUCUUCACUAUCUCCAACUCCACCACCCCGUACUCCUCCAUCUCCCCUACCACAAGCUCGACCUCUCAGUACGUGGAAACAUGCAUCAAUCCAACACCAGCCCUCUUUCUCACCUGCACCAACCAUCACUCCUCUUCCAACGGCGGCGCAACAAAGUUUGUAGAAGGCUUUUACUCUACGUCCCUCUCAUCUCUUUUCCCUCGCAGACACUUGCAUCUUCUAAACUCGGCCGGUUUCUCUUCCUCCUCACUCGGCAAGAACAGUCAAGGUUUGGUACUAGCGUUGUCACAAACAAAAGUCAACCAGCCACAAGGAGGCUUGAAAGUGAAGGUGCCAGUUCUGGACGCAACGCUUCUAGCACCGGUGCAGAUUACGACAUUGGUGACCGUGUUUGGUGCUGCGGCCGGGGUUGUGUAUUAUUUGCUCAGUAGCGUGGUGCCGUCUCUGGAGGCGGUGGAGAAGACGCUAUAG